CUUUUGUUUGCGUCCGUUUCCAAGGAGACAAUCACAGCUGGGAAACGUUAAAAUACAGGAAGUUUAAGAGACGGCCCACGCCCUUAAACAGGAGGUAAAAACGAGCAGGUAGUUUGGCUCUGCGGCUUCUCGCGGUUUUAAUGUCGGCUCUACUUAGCAAACGCCUUAGUCCUGCAGAGGAAGCAGACCAGGAAGGAGGUGCUGCGUUCUGAUUGGUUGCUAUGCAGGAGCGUUGCCGGCUACGCCCCGGCCCUGAUUGGUUACCGAGAGGGGGCGGCUUGAGAGGCAGUGAGUGGCUGCGGCGUGGGGAGCCAUGGGUCAGCCAGCCAAGGUUUUACAGCUCUUCAGAACACUGCACAGGACAAGACAACAAGUUUUUAAAAAUGACAAGAGAGCGCUAGAAGCAGCCAGAGUAAAAAUAAAUGAAGAAUUCAAAAAACAUAAAAAUGAGGCCUCUCCAGAGAAAAUACAAGAGAUGUUGAAAAUGGGUUCUGAUGUUGAGCUGCUACUCAGAACAUCUGUUAUUCAAGGUGUCCAUACUGACCACAACACACUGAAACUGGUCCCCAGGAAAGACCUUCUAACAGAAAACGUGCCAUACUGUGAUGCACCAACUCAGAAGCAGUAAAGCCUCCGGGACAAAACCCAUCUCUGCUCCCUCUGACUUUAAAUAUAUACCUGGCAAAAGUCCUGGGCAUGCGGAUGUUUCUCUCUGGAGCAGCGUGUUGCAAACGAGCAACAGGUUAGGGCUGUUGUACCACAGUGCUCUGAGGACAUAGUUGUGCCGUCCCUCCCCACUGACAGGCAGUCUUACCUGGCAACUGAAUGCCUGGGGAAGUGGGACACACUUCUCUUUCCCUUUGGUAGGUGUUUUGGUCUUACCAAAGCUGUUUGCCAAUGAAUCACUUUACCAGGUUGAUGCCUUCUCAUCCCAUGGGAAACACAACUGCUAAAUACAAAAUGCUGCCAAAUUAAA